ACUGUAGCCUCAAAGUCCUGGGCCCAAGCGAUCUUCCCACCUCAGCCACCCAAAAUGCUGGGGUUACAGGUUUAUGCCACUCUGUCUGACCUGAAAGUUCUGGGUUUACUUUCCCUUCUUUCUCUUUGCCGAAGUCAGAGAUGAUGGCAGCUUCCAGAUUCUCUGGUGCCUGUGCUGGGCUCAUGCUGGUCAUGGUCUUGGGUCCAGGAUUCAUUCUGGAGACUCUCAGGGAAGUUUCCCAUGACAAGGAAGGGUAGGAGAGUGUGCUGGCUUUGUGUGCUCCUCUGCCAAGCCCUGCUUCUCCUGGUAGGACACACUGAACCACAGCCAGGGCAUUUUGGUGGUUAGUUAAAAAAAAAAAAAAAAAAAAAGGAAGAAGAAGGCACUGUGUAAUUGUGCCGGGGAUCUUCAGAAAUUGUAAUGAUGAAAGAGUGCAAGCUCUCACUUCCCCUUCCUGUACAGGGCAGGUUGCGGAGCCGGAGGCAGAGCAGUCCUCUCUGGAGAGCCUGAAGCAAACAUGGAUCAAGAAACUGUAGGCAAUGUUGUCCUGUUGGCCAUUGUCACCCUCAUCAGCGUGGUCCAGAAUGGAUUCUUUGCCCAUAAAGUGGAGCACGAAAGCAGGACCCAGAAUGGGAGGAGCUUCCAGAGGACCGGAACACUUGCCUUUGAGCGGGUCUACACUGCCAACCAGAACUGUGUAGAUGCGUACCCCACUUUCCUCGCUGUGCUCUGGUCUGCGGGGCUACUUUGCAGCCAAGUUCCUGCUGCCUUUGCUGGGCUGAUGUACUUGUUUGUGAGGCAAAAGUACUUUGUCGGUUACCUAGGAGAGAGAACGCAGAGAGCUCCUUUGCUGUCAAGGAGUUGCUGCAAAACAGUAUGGGGAAAAUGGAACAGUGAGGAGGGGUGCAGCUGAAACGAGACUGGCCAUGAGUUGUCUCCCUGCUUCCUGGCCUUUCUAUUUAAAAGCACCCAUCUUCACCUUCUCCCAAAGGCUCUGGAAGUUUUACAGACAGCAUCUUUCUAGCCUCGCCCUGCGUCUCUUUCUAGUCAUUUGACUGAGGCUGAACAAAGCCCAGAUGGGAGUUUCAUUCCCUUCACCUCCCCCAACUCCCAGCGGAGGGAGGCUGGCCCCAGACACAGGACACAGCUUCCUGACCCUGCAGGCAGGAGCCUGGCUUGUUGGUGAGUGGGCCUCCUCAUUGCUGCUGGAGUUUUCCAUCCUCAUUCCACAACAAGCCAAGUCAGCAAGUUGGUGCCAGGAACCUUCACACCUUGUGCUUUGGGAUCUGAGGGGAAACACACACACACCGGCACCACCCUCCCUGAGCCCGGGAAUGAAGCCAGCAUCAGCGGAGAGCAACCUACAGAGGAAAAUGAUGGAGUAAUUCCCUGGGCACACUUCAGGCGUGGUGCCAGGUAACAGGCCCUGCCAGGGGGUGACAGAGGUGGUACCAUGGCAUGUCUGGGGCCUGCCCCGAGACACCAGCUGGCAGCAGCCACACUCUGUCCUUAGCAGCACUCGCAGCAGUCCAACACUUUGGUUGUCACGCAAGACACGCUGUUUCUGACAGGACGCCGCAGCCGGGUAACACGGGCAGAUGCAGAGGGCACUGUCCUGCGGCGCUUUUUUGAAAGCACGCCAUUUUUCUUCCCUACCCAAUUAACUUUCCAGAGACCCAUCCCGAAGGACUGGAUUCAUCACUAGAACCAACAAGAUGAGGAUUUGUAGAGCCGGCUGCCGCGCCGCCGAGGCUCCUAGUGGGUUAUCUGCGUGGCUUGCCUGACCUCAGCAGAAAUCCUCAGCGCAGGGCCCAGAGCUGUGUGAGCACCUGCAAUUGAAGAAUUCACAAUUACAAGUCAUGUGUCUAAAUUGGCAGGCUUUCAAGAAAGUCCCACCAAUCUUCAAGCACACAGCCGCCAAGGGCCACGUAAAAUGUUUGUAGCUUUAAUAUACGGUUUCAUUUGCUUGAAUAUCAUCAGCUUGGGUGCAGAUAAUCAAAGAAUGGCUCAGGAUGGAGAAUUUAAUAAGAGAAUUCGGCCAGGGCUGCCAAGCCAUAUAUGUGCUAAUGUUGCAAUUUCAACCUUGGACUUAAGGUCAAGAUUAAUUUAGUGAAAAAUAUUAUUUCACGAUGUAACAGACACCUUCUGAGUUGGAGAGCCGAGGAAUUCUGGAGGAUGGAUGAGGCAUGGGUGUGUCUAGAGACCUCAUGGCAAAAGUGGCUGCAUUGCCCCCUCAAAUGUUAGUUAAUAUUUGGGCACAUUUGAGAGAUAACAACAUAGGCAGAUUUUUCUUUAACUUUUUAUUAUGGAAAAUCAAACAUAUGCUAUAUUAGAAAGAACAGUAUAGGAAGUGGAAACUUUUUCUUUACAGGGCCAGAUAGUAAAUAAUUUUGGUUUCCCAGGCCAUAUGUUCUCCGCCUCAACUAUACAGCUCUAUUGUCACACAAAAGCAGCUAUCGAUAGUGUAUAAAUGAAUGGUGAUGUCUUCUAAUAAAACUUUAUUUAUGGAUGCUGA